GCAAAACAAGCAAUGUCGAGCCACCAUGUCACUUGCAUUCCGAAACUGUUCGCUUCAACACUCCGUCAUGCACCGUGGCAAUAUCGCUCGCAGCAUCUGUGAACACACACGCGCGCCAAGGGGUCGCGCACCGUGCGACGGAGCCAGUGCCCUCUAGGUGUACCCUCCCCUACCCUACGGCCCGCAUGCUAUGCGUCUUCCCGGUCACUCAUAGAAGGGCAAACCAGCGCAGGGCGAGGGCGAUCUCUGCCGCGACGUGUCCUCAGACUGCCCGCCCAUGGUCCGCUCGAGCAGCAGCCGCCGCCUCAUUGUCGUCGUCGUCUUGACCAAUUCGUCCGAGGCCUGCUCGCUGCAAAGGGGGGGAGGGGGCACUGCCCAUGUCGUCGCAGUCGUAUAGGCCCACGUCGGCCAACUUGGCCAUUUGCGCAAAGCCCACUGCUGGCUAUCUUCAGCUGGCACCCUUGGGCACCCCAGUCGCCGCCGCGCCCCUGUGCUUGGCCUCUCAGCAGAUCGUGGGGACUUUUGCCCUGCGACGGACCGGCUGUCCCGAGCAGUAUGACGUCCUUUGCCCAAGCCCUGCCUGUUAUGUCGGCUGCAAAUUCGACUGCCCUUCGACGCCCUUCGACUGCCUCUUCACUGCACACCCGGCACCCGCCUCGCCUUGCAUCUGCUUCGAGCCUGAAUAGCGUACCCAUGCGCAAGACUGUCCUGCAGUGCCAAUUUCGGCUCCGCUAUUCUUAUCUGUUGUUCAAGAAAUUUUUGAGUGCAGCUAGCCCUUCAAUAGCUCGCCCCGCUUUGGA